UAUAGUUUCAUCAUCCUCUGAUCUGAUCUUUAAUUAAAGACGACUCACUUGGACUCUACGCAAAUUAAAGCAUGAGGAGUACGAUCCGAUCCGGACAGGAAUCUAAUCCCCACCUUUCCUUCCCUUAGCUUGUCAGGUUAGUUCAAAUGUUCAAUGCCACCAUCUUCUCGAUCUUCUCUUCUCUUCUCUUCAAUUAUUAUAUAUGCUAGCUGUUACCCUGUCCGGCCUUUUUAUCCUCCUUUCCGGUCAAUCCAGUUUCUGCAUAUAUAUAUCUUCCAUUGCUCAAUUCAAAUUCAUCCAAACCAGGCCAGUUGCUGCAUGCAUGCAUGUGCCAUCAUAUCCAACGUAACUUUAGAAUUCCAAUUUUCAUUUCUAGCUGCGACUACUGGCCGGGCAGGCAGGCUCCAUAUAUAAUAUUCAAUUCGGAGGAGUGCUCUGCUCAGCUCAGCUCACUAGGCCAAGUAAAUGUAAUUAGCUGGAUCAGGGCUGCGCUGUAAUAUAUAUAUAUAUAUAUAUAUAUAAUGAAUGUUCAAUGGUACUUCAUUACAUCCGAAUCGCUUUGUAACUCUAGCAUUGCAGUGUCUUUUGCCAUGGUUCCAGCAGAAGAUAGAAGAAUGGGUGUGAGUAGUAGUAGUAGUAGUAGUUCAAGAAGCCCCUCUUCUACAGCAGCAUUAUUAUCAUUCAUGAUGAGAAUGGCGGAUCGGAUGUCAAGAGCAAGGUGGUGGUACAAUUUCCUAAUCCACUCAACAUCUGACCUCUCCGCCUCCAAUCCAUUCAAUUCCUUGACUUGGAUGAUGAUGGAAUGCAUAACUUUGACUAUCCAAAUACUCAUCACAGCUUACGCACUGGCAGUUUCCAAGCUUAAGGGGGAGACCCCUAUUUCGCCAAUCAGAAUUUGGGUCUCAGGUUAUGCUUUUGGCUGUAUUCUAUGCCUCAUGCUACUAUGUUGGCGCUAUUUUCUAGUAUUUCAUCACAACAGGCCCGGUGAUAAUGCUUUUUCUGCUCCGCCGCCUAAUUCUGAUGAUACACAACACCACACAACUAUUGAAGAAUCAAGAUUUGGAUCAUUCCACCGCGCUCCAAAACUUCAUGUUCUUUGCAUAAUCCUGCUUGCAUGGAAUGCGCUCACCUACUCACUUCCCUUUAUAUUGUUCGUGUUGCUAUGCUGCUGUGUGCCACUGUUUAGCAGCAUCCUCGGAUACAUGGGAUCCAUUCAUCACCCAGGCCCAGGAGGAGCAUCCGAUGACCGCCUCUCUACUCUACCAACAUGGAAGUACAACCAAGUUGGCAGCUGCAACAUAGACUCUACAAAUUCCGGCUUCCAUCAAGAAUGCUGCAUUUGCUUAGCAAGUUACAGUGAAAAGGAAGAGAUCAGACAACUGCCGUGCUCUCAUAUAUUCCAUCUUAAGUGUGUUGAUCAAUGGCUCAGGAUUAUAUCUUCGUGUCCUCUCUGUAAAAAAGAAUUAGAGAGGUAAAUAAUGUGGGAAAGUUUUAUAUGCAUGAUAAUUAAAUAAAACGGAUAAAAUCAUUAUAUUAAGUAAA